GUGCAUGCUGGGGGAUAUCGGGCAGGGUAGCAGUAGCCGGGGCUGACUCAAGCCACUGUGUCCCGUCUUGCGCCGUCAGGUGGACUCUGUGUGACCCUCCGUGGAUCGCCCCGUCUUUGAGCGAGUCAUGGACGCCACUGGAUAGAAUCUAACGGUGUAGAAAGGAGGGUUUGUUGACUUGCCGAGGAUUAUGGAGCCAGAUGUGAUCCGCAUGUACUCCUCCUCUCCGCCACCGAUGGAAGACGGCGUGGAAGAUGAGGACGAUGAGUUCGGAGACUUUGGCACUUUCUCUGGAGUCCCAAACAGCAUCAGCUUUACAGAAAUUGACACCCCGACCACUUUCAACCAGACCCAAGCUUUGACUGCCACCUCCCCGCCUGAGCAUAUAAACAGCAGAGGGGUACGAGGGUUCAGCCACAGCUCCUCGAAUGGCACCCACAGCCCUAAUAAUGAACUGUCCAAGGCUAAUGGACAUGUGGGCAGUGGACCCUCAGAAAGAACUGACAUUAAAAAGGUCCUGUCCAGCUUUCUGGAUUUCUCAAUGAGCAACACGUCUGGUAGUGAGCCUGCUGAUUGCAAUGGUGGGGGCACAGGGGUGCUGACAAAUGGGUUCUUAACUUUUGACGUUCAGGGAAGCCCUUCGUCACAGAUUUCUGUCCACUCUCGUAUAAAAGGAAUGUCCACAGAGGAUGAUUUUGCAGACUUUGCUUCUUUUUCCAAUGCUGAAGGACACCUCUGUCAGACAGUACACAAGCACUUGAACUGUCCCACGGAGGUGAGCAGUCUGGCAGAUGUUUCUUGCCACGGUGAGCAAGGAUUGACUUCAGAGGAUGAUGCCGUGGACAAAAACAGAACUGGACCAAAUGCAUCUGGUCCUGAGUCUGUAUCUGUUGAAGCUGAGCCCCUGGGUGGUUCCUGUAACACGGAACAGAGCCCUGACACAGACUUGUAUCAAAGGGACGUAACCUUUGCACAGGAGCUGACCACCUUCGAGGCAGUUUGCACUAACGAGCCUCUCACUCUAAUCAGAGUGGGUGUAGCUGACAGGGACGAAUCUAAAGAGGCAGCUGUUGUUACUGAAAGCAAACUGUCUUUUAACCCUGCUGCAGACAGUGAAGCGGGACAGUUAGAUGAGAAGGGCUCCGAGACCGAGACUGAGACUGAGACGUCCUUUGGCCGGCCACUGUCCACGGAUGCUCUGGAUGAAUACGGUGACAUUAGCACUACAGGCUCUGUGCCCUCUCCGUCCCUACAUGGGGAGACAGCCACGCCUGCUGACCACAGCCAGCUAAUGGAGGAUGACGAGGACUUUGGCCACUUUGGUGAUCCUGGUGCAUUUAGUAAUCAGAGCUUUGCUGAUUUUGAACAGCUGCAGGUCAAAUUGGAGAGCAGGUUGGAAAGCUUUGCUCCUGCUCAGGAAGACACAAACAUGAAGGAAGACGACUUUGGUGACUUUAACUCCCUAAAGUUUCACAGCAGUGGAAACGAGUGCGAGAAUAGAGGUGGGUUUCCUAAUGUCCCCAUCAGUGCCAGCUUUGGAAACUUCAGAUCGGCCACUGAAGAUGCAGACGAGGAGGCAGAAGCAGGUUGGAGUGCCUUCGGGGAGCAGCAGCAGGUGGAGGGAGAGUCGUGGGCAGCAUUCGAUAUCGAACAGAGUGUCACUCCUCCUGAAGAUGGAGAGGGGGAGGAGGAGGAGUGGUACGAAAGUGAAGUUGCUGCAGACAGUGAGAAUAUCAUCAGGCCAGCAAGUCAGUUGGCUUCGCUGUCCAGCCGUCUGCAGAGGCUGUUUGUCAUCACCUUCCCUCAGACCACGGUGGCGCCAGUGGAAGCUGACGUGUUGUCUCUGCGCAUGCUUCUGGAACCCCCAAAGGAGAAGCUGCCGGCAGAGAAGGGGUCAGCAAGCAGCCGGUCUGUUAGUGGUGGUGUGUGGACACACCUUCAGGACAUCCACGAGGCUCUGGGCCUGCGAUACCAGUGGGGCGGCUCCCACUGCAACAAAGCACUACUCUGCUGUCUGGGCAUCGACACCCGCAACAUUCUGUUCACAGGACAGAAGAAGCAGCCGGUCAUCGUGCCCAUGUACGCCGCAGGCUUGGGCAUGCUGGAACCCACCAAAGAGCCCGCAAAGCCCGUCUCUGCGGCAGAGAUGAUCGCCUCCAUAGCCCAGGCGCCGCCUGUGGCUCCAGACAACAGCUCCAGUCCCACAGAUGUGGUCCAGCAGGAGGCGCUCCCACCUGUUCAGUUCGACUGGAGCAGCAGUGGCCUUACCAACCCUCUGGACGCGAGUGGAGGCUCUUCAUUGUUAAACCUGGAUUUCUUUGGUCCUGUGGAGGACUCGGGCUCCACCAGCUCCCCCUCUAUACCAGGUGUGGACCCUGAGCUGUACGAGCUGACAACAGCCAAGUUGGACCCCGGCAGCUCCGGCAGCCGAGUGGCCGAUGCCUUUGCUCGCCUCAUGUCCACUAUGGAGAAGACCAGCACGUCCACCAGGAAGCUGAAGAAAGACGAGAAUCUAAGCGAGGAGGCGAUCAAAGUGAUCGCAGCUCUGCCUGAUCUGUCCUUCAUGCAGGCGAAGGUUCUGAUGUUUCCCACCACACUGACGCCGCUCGAGUCCACUCCCCCGUCCAUGUAACCUCCACACACCCACGGGCUUGAGUCCAACAAGCCUUCGUCUUUUGUUUUAUAGUUGAGUUUGUCUUCUUUCACACUCAUGUUUUACCUCCAUUGAGUUGUCAAAAUAAAGUGAAGCAUUUCUAACCAGAAGCAACAGGAAUUGGAGAAGGGUGAAGUUCACCUGAUCUAUAGCUUGUAGAAGGCGGCUGAGGCGUGUGGACUGUUCAUAUCCAGAGGACUCAUCGUGUAUAUAAUCAGGGAUUAAAUGUUUUCUUUUUACAUUUCGGAGGAUGGUUUUACGUCUGUUGUGGGUUCAUGCCUGAAGCUCUUUGAAACAAACUGAAGAGAAAUAUAAAAAUCAAUACGUUUAUUUCUAAAAUGCAUAUAUUUAUUGACUUGAAACCACACUGCCUGCAAAAUCCAGCUGGAUGUCCUGUUUUUGGUUUCAACCUUACGUCACUGUAGAUUUUAACCUGUAGUUUCUGCCCAGGUUUCUCUUUCCUAGUUUGAUUUUUAACACUUGUCCUGGGUCUGGAUUGUUUCUUUACCCUUUAGAUCUGGAAACCAAAUCGACCAAACUUCUAAAUCCUUAGUCAUUUUUAUUCCACGUUGAAGCAUUUCACUGAUGUUUCUUCUGUUGUGGUCGACUGGUGAAACCAGUUUCCCUCCUCAUCAUUAAAAUGGGGCGUUUUGGUUAAAGCAGUGUUUCCGCAGUGCCACUCGACUCGCUUCAGAAGGAAAUUAAGGGACCAAUUUCUGCUUUUUGUUCACAGAUGAAGUGCUUUUUGUUGUUACAGCUCUAAGUUGUGGAGGUGGUUUUCUGCUCAUACUACUGUUGGCCCUGUCUCCCAGGAGGAUUUUGCACAUUGUAAAGAUGAAAUGGAUGUAAUCAUAGUUCACUGUGGCUUUAGACUGUGUACAGUUAAACUAUGGACUGUAAAAUGUACGGGGAAAUUCCUAUGGAAAAAAACGGAAUCACUUGAAGAGCCUGUCAAAAGGUUAGCGUGCAUGCCCAGGUUCUUUUGACUAUAAGUGUGUAAAUUUUACUUUAGUGUACACAAGAAAUUAAAAAUAAUUUAAGAGAAAAAA